GCAUGUACUAUUCAUUCAAGCAGUAUUUGAAUAGGGAAGAUGGCGGCUGCAGCAGUGGUUGAGUUUCAGAGAGCCCAGUCUCUCAUUAGCACGGAUCACAACGCUUCUAUCGACAUUCUCCACUCAAUAGUGAGGAGAGAUGUUCAAGAGAAUGAUGAGGAAGCUGUCAGGGUUAAAGAACAGAGCAUCCUGGAGCUGGGAACUCUCCUGGCCAAGACGGGACAGGCUGCAGAACUUGGCGGCCUGCUGAAAUUUGUAAGGCCAUUCCUGAUUUCCAUCAGCAAGGCCAAAGCUGCCAGACUGGUCCGUUCCCUGCUGGAUCUUUUUCUUGACAUGGAGGCAGCAACGGGACAAGAAGUUGAGCUGUGUCUUGAAUGUAUUGAGUGGGCCAAGACUGAGAAGAGGACCUUCCUACGACAGGCUCUGGAGACACGGCUGAUCUCACUCUAUUUUGACACCAAAAGAUACCAGGAGGCCUUGGCACUUGGCUCCCAGUUGCUCCUGGAGCUAAAAAAGAUGGAUGACAAAGCUCUUCUGGUAGAGGUGCAGCUUCUUGAAAGCAAGACAUACCAUGCACUCAGUAACCUGCCUAAGGCCCGGGCCGCCCUCACCUCAGCCAGGACGACCGCCAACGCCAUUUACUGUCCCCCAAAGCUCCAGGCAGCGCUGGACAUGCAGUCAGGAAUCAUCCAUGCAGCAGAGGAGAAGGACUGGAAGACGGCCUACUCCUACUUCUUUGAGGCCUUCGAAGGCUAUGACUCCAUUGACAGCCCCAGAGCCAUCACAGCACUCAAAUACAUGCUUCUGUGUAAAAUUGUACUGAAUUUACCAGAGGAGGUACAAUCCCUGAUCAGUGGUAAACUGGGCCUACGACACGCUGGCCGACAGGCAAAUGCACUGAAAUGUGUUGCCCAGGCCAGCAAGAACAGAUCAUUAGCAGACUUUGAAAAGGCCUUAACAGAGUACAAAUCAGAACUGAGGGACGACCCAAUUAUCAACACUCACCUGGCUACGCUGUAUGACAACCUGCUUGAACAAAAUCUCAUUCGUGUCAUUGAGCCAUUUUCUAGAGUACAGAUAGAACACAUAUCAGGUCUAAUCAAGUUGUCAAAAGGAGACGUUGAGCGGAAAUUAUCACAGAUGAUUCUGGACACAAAGUUUCACGGAAUCCUUGACCAGGGCGAAGGAGUAUUGAUCAUAUUUGAAGAGCCACCAGUGGACAAAACAUACGAAGCAGCCUUGGAAACGAUUCAGAACAUGAGCAAAGUUGUGGACUCGCUUUACAACAAAGCUAAGAAGUUGACAUAGAGUAGAUAACCACAGUGUGAUGGAGGAACUGUGUGUGUUUGACCAGCGUGUGUAACAUUUUUAGAAGGUGUCAAGGGAGAACAACAAGAAGUUCCACAAACUGCAACAAACAGGAUUUUCUCCCAUAAAAGUUUCCCCUCCUUUCCUUCAAUGGACAAUUUCAUCACUUCUCGUUUGUUUUUUGUUCCGUUUUCUUUUUUUUGUCCCCCCCUCUUUAAUUUUGAUGUCUCUUCAGGAUUCUGUAUAACACUCAGCGGCCAAAUCAGGCCAUCAGGGAAUAUUGUACAACCACAGUAAAAAGAUUAAAAGGUUUAAGAAUACAUAUAUGUUUAUAUCUGCUGUAAGGUUGGGUUCAGCUUACCACUGAAGGCUCCACUGCAACUUUACAGGUGCAACUCUGACCUCUGUGGCCUCAGACUCUGCUGCCAACUAGUGUAUGUAGAAAUGAGGCUUUCUGCUUGUCCAUAUCUUUCAGAAGCACACUGUUCAGUUUUUGGAAGGUUGGGAUAGUCCUUGGGAUACUGGGCUUUGGCCUGAGAGCUCCCCCCAGCUCCCAUUUCUUUUCUCAUCAUAUCAAUGCCAACAGUUAUGUCCCCACUGUAUUUCACUGUAUGUAUUAAAGUCACUUAAUUCUUUUUUUUCUUUUUGUAAGAAAAACAUAUGGUUGCCACACAUCUGCCCCUCCUGCAUAUGUAAGUUUAUAGAACAGACAGGAUGCCAUUUCACCACUAGUGCCACUUUUUCGGCGCUUCUGUUUGCCUCAGUGUUUGGGUGCAAUAUGUAAUCAGAGGGCAGGGGUGGGGGUUGCCUCUGUGUCUGAGCUAUCCUCGAGUGAGUAAUGUUCCAUUGUUAGUUAUUAGCACUAGUGUGGUAUGCUAGUAACCAAACAAUUUGUAUGGUUUUGAUUUGGUUUUGAGUUUUUUUGUUUUUCUCUUACAAAGACAUUUUCAAAAUAAAUAUUUUGUAUUUUAA